AUGGCCACUCAUGCAAAGCGCAAGUUCUUCUCCGACCUGAAGCAUUACUUCUGGGAGGAUCCUUACCUCUUCAGGAUCGGAGCAGAUGGCGUGAUCCGGCGCUGUGUCAUGGAGCACGAGAUGGGAGACAUCUUGUCUCAAUGCCACGAGGGGCCUACUGGAGGUCACCAUGGAGGAAACCGCACGGAGCGGAAGGUGCUACAGUCGGGCUUUUAUUGGCCCUCACUCUUCAAGGAUGCAGACACCUUCACACGACAGUGCGACCGCUGCCAAAGGUCAGGUAACAUUUCUGCCCGGGAUGAGAUGCCCCAACAUAUUUAUGUCAUCUGUGAAAUUUUUUAUGUUUGGGGUAUCGAUUUCAUGGGCCCCUUCCCUCCAUCUUUUGGCAAUCUAUACAUUCUGGUUGCAGUGGACUACGUCUCGAGGUGGGCAGAAGCUCAAGCCAUGCCCACCAAUGAUGCAAGAUGGCUCUGCUCAUUUCUGAAGCAGCUGUUCUCCCGGUUCGGGACACCCCGCACCAUCAUUAGUGAUAGAGGAACCCAUUUUCAAGGGCAAUUCACUAAACUCCUCUCUCGCUAUGGUGUUAAGCAUCUGGUGUCGGUGGCUUACCACCCCCAGUCAAAUAGGCAAGCCGAGCUGACGAACCGGGAGCUUAAACGGAUAAUUGAAAAGACGGUGGAUCAGUCCCGCAAGGAUUGGUCCACCAAGCUCGAUGAUGCUCUUUGGGCAUAUAGGACGGCCUAUAAAAACCCGAUUGGCACUUCUCCCUAUAGGCUUGUCUAUGGGAAGGCGUGUCAUCUGCCAGUAGAGCUAGAGCACAAGGUCUUCGGGGCCAUUAAGCUGCUAAACCUGGAUUUGAGUGUUGCAGGUACUGAACGUAAGUUGCAGCUGCUGGAGUUGGAGGAAUGGUGUUACCACGCCUACGAGAACACCCUGCUCUACAAAGAGCGAACCAAGCAUCUCCACGACGCUCGGUUAAGGGGCCCGAAGGAGUUUCAGGUAGGUGAUCGUGUUUUGCUCUUCAAUGCACGCCUGAAACUCUUUCCAGGCAAGCUACGUUCGAGGUGGUCGGGACCCUUCACGGUCACCCAAGUUUUCCCGCACGGUGCGGUGGAGAUCGGCAAUGCUCAAAUCGAGCCAUUCAAGGUGAAUGGCCACCUCCUAAAGUUGUACUUGGGAGGUGCUGUCGAGCGCGCAGAGCUGCUGAUCAAGCUCGAGGACACUUAG